AUGAUCACCGGCUCCGAUUUCUACCACGUCAUGACGGCAAUGGUGCCGCUCUACGUCGCCAUGUUCCUGGCGUACGGGUCGGUGAAGUGGUGGAAGAUCUUCACCCCGGACCAAUGCUCGGGAAUCAACCGAUUCGUGGCCUUAUUCGCCGUCCCGCUCCUCUCCUUCCACUUCAUCUCCACCAACGACCCAUACGCCAUGAACUUCCACUUCAUCGCCGCCGACACCCUCCAAAAAAUCAUCAUCCUCGUCGCCCUCGCCUUCUGGUCCAACCUCACCCGCCGCGGCUCGCUCGACUGGACCAUCACUCUCUUCUCCCUCUCCACCUUACCCAACACCCUGGUCAUGGGAAUCCCUCUGCUCAAGGGCAUGUAUGGCGACGCCUCCGGGACGCUCAUGGUCCAGAUCGUCGUCCUCCAGUGCAUCAUCUGGUACACCCUCAUGCUCUUCAUGUUCGAGUACCGCGGCGCCAAGCUCCUCAUCUCCGAGCAGUUCCCUGAUACCGCCGGUUCCAUUGUGUCCAUUCACGUCGAUUCAGACAUCAUGUCGCUCGACGGCCGCCAGCCGCUCGAGACGGAGGCCGAGAUUAAGGACGACGGCAAGCUGCACGUCACGGUCAGGCGCUCCAACGCCUCCAGAUCGGAUAUCUUUUCGCGGAGGUCUCAGGGAGGACUUUCCUCCAACACCCCGCGUCCCUCCAAUUUGACCAAUGCCGAGAUUUAUUCUCUGCAGUCCUCCAGGAAUCCCACCCCCCGCGGGUCGAGCUUUAAUCACACCGACUUCUACUCGAUGAUGGCGGCGGGUCGGAGCUCCAAUUUUGGGGCCAAUGAUGUGUAUGGUAUGUCGGCGUCCCGCGGCCCGACUCCCAGGCAUUCUAAUUACGAUGAGGACGCUAAAGGGAGGUUUCCUGGGUACGUCCAUGGGGCUCCGCCGCCGCCGCCUGCCCAUUACCCGGCUCCUAACCCGGGGAUGUUUUCGCCGACCACCGCGGCUAAGGGUGCCGAAGGGGGGAAGGAUCUUCAUAUGUUCGUGUGGAGCUCCAGCGCGUCGCCGGUUUCGGAUGUGUUUGGUAGCCAUGAGUACGGUGGUCACCAUAACCAUCAUAAUGACCACAAGGACGUUAGAGUGGCUGUUUCUCCAUCUGGGAAAGUGGAGCAGAGGGAGAAUCAUGGCGAGGAGUACUUGGUGGAGAGAGACGAGUUCAGCUUUGGGAACAGAGGAGGGGAUAUGGUGAUGAACAAUGGCCACGAAGGUGGUGGCGCCGGUGAGAAGGCCGCGGCUGCUGCUGCUGCUGAUGGGAAGGCGAAAAUUAUGCCCCCAACGAGCGUGAUGACGAGGCUUAUUCUGAUCAUGGUGUGGAGGAAGCUGAUCAGGAAUCCCAACACUUACUCCAGCUUGAUUGGUCUCAUCUGGUCCCUUGUCUCCUUCAGGUGGCAUGUAGCAAUGCCUGCUAUAAUAGCCAAGUCCAUCUCGAUUCUGUCAGAUGCAGGGCUCGGCAUGGCCAUGUUCAGUCUCGGGUUGUUCAUGGCAUUGCAGCCAAGGAUCAUAGCAUGUGGGAAAUCAACAGCAGCUUUUGCAAUGGGGGUGAGAUUCUUUGUUGGACCAGCUGUCAUGGCAGCUGCUUCCAUUGUGGUUGGCCUCAGGGGCACUCUCCUUCACAUUGCCAUUGUCCAGGCAGCUCUACCACAGGGGAUUGUUCCCUUUGUCUUUGCUAAGGAAUACAAUGUGCAUCCUGAUAUUCUAAGUACUGGGGUCAUAUUUGGGAUGCUCAUUGCCCUACCCUUCACCCUUGUCUACUACAUUUUGCUGGGACUAUGA